ACGGACGUGCUUCAGUGUAAACAGACCGUCGAGCAGAGCAGCGCGUGAUGGGCUCAAGCGGAGCGGAGCGAGCGGCUAAACGCUUGUUUCUGGCCGCUCUGUGCAGUGUGUUUCAGGCGCUGCAGGGAGGGAUGCUGUUCCCCACAGAGUCUCCCUCCAGAGAAGUGAAAGACUUGAGCGGCCUGUGGAGCUUCAGAGCGGAUCUGUCUCCGGAGCGGAGCCGUGGCUUCGAGCAGCAGUGGUUCAAGGGUCCUCUGGCGGAGACAGGGCCUGUUAUUGACAUGCCGGUGCCGUCCAGCUACAAUGACAUCACACAAGACGCCAAAAUCCGUGAUUUCAUUGGCUGGGUGUGGUAUGAGAAGGACGUAUGGGUGCCGUUGCGCUGGAUCCAGGACCGAGGAACAAGGAUCGUGCUCCGAGUGGGAAGCGCUCACUAUUACUCAGUGCUUUGGGUGAACGGGGUCAAGGUGACCGAGCAUGUGGGCGGUCAUCUCCCGUUUGAGGCGGACAUCAGCGGCGUUCUGCGGCAGACGAGCGUGAACCCAUGUCGAAUCACCAUCGCUGUGAACAACACUUUAACUCUAGAGACGCUUCCGCCGGGAAGCAUCCAGUACAUGAACGAUCGCACCAGAUACCCCGCUGGCUACUUCGUUCAGAACACAAACUUUGAUUUCUUCAACUACGCUGGAAUACACCGAUCGGUCCUGCUGUACACCACACCGCAGGCGCACAUUGAUGACAUCACAGUGGAGACCACCUUCUCUGAUAACAUUGGCCUGGUCAGUUUUAACGUGUCCGUGUUGGGCAGCUCUAAACCCGCUGUGAAAAUCACACUCUCAGCUCACGACGGCAGCUGUGUGGCUUCGGCCGACGGCUCCAGAGGAGUCCUCAAAGUCACUGACGUUAACCUCUGGUGGCCGUAUCUGAUGCACGAGAACCCAGCGUACCUUUACUCCAUGGAGGUUCAGGCAACCGCAGAGGACGGACAGACGGAUGUUUACACUCUUCCUGUGGGAAUUCGUACCAUUAAAGUCACCAACAAACAGUUUCUAAUCAACAACAAGCCGUUUUACUUCCAUGGGGUCAACAAACACGAGGACGCAGACAUCCGAGGGAAAGGCUUCGACUGGCCUCUGGUGGUGAAGGACUUUAACCUGAUGAAGUGGAUGGGAGUGAACUCGUUCCGCACCAGUCACUAUCCCUACGCCGAGGAGAUCCUGCAGAUGGCCGACCGGCACGGCAUCGUCAUCAUAGACGAGUGUCCUGGGGUGGGAAUCAAAGACAUACGCAGUUUUGGGAACGUUUCUCUGGCUCAUCACCUGACUGUCAUGGAGGAGCUGGUCCGGCGUGAUAAAAACCACCCGUCUGUGGUCAUGUGGUCUGUGGCCAAUGAACCGGCGUCUGAAAUGCCCCCCGCCGGACUCUACUUCAAGGAACUGGUGUCUCAUACGAAAUCUCUGGAUUCCUCUCGACCGGUCACAUACAUCACAGCCAGCAACUAUGCCAGAGAUCUAGGGGCUCCGUAUGUGGACGUUAUCUGCGUGAACAGCUAUCUAUCGUGGUAUCACGACCCGGGUCACACAGAGCUCAUCAGUCUUCAGCUCAACACUCAGUUUGAUAACUGGUACGGCAAAUACCAGAAACCCAUCAUCCAGAGCGAGUACGGAGCGGACGCCGUGCCUGGCUUACACAGCGAUCCACCCAUGAUGUUCACAGAGGAGUAUCAAAAGACGGUCCUGCAGAACUACCACAACGUGUUCGACCAGAAGAGGAAGGAGUUUGUGAUCGGAGAACUGAUCUGGAACUUCGCCGACUUCAUGACGUCUCAAAAUAUCAUUCGAGUGGUCGGGAAUAAGAAGGGAAUCUUCACUCGGCAGCGGCAGCCCAAAGCCGGAGCAUUUCUUCUGCGUGAGCGAUACUGGAGGAUCGCCAAUGAGACAGGUGUGCUGCCCACCUGGGCCAGGUAUCCCUGCCUGUGAGCCGGAUUAACUGCUUCCUGUGAGGACAGACCAGGUGAAAUGUGAUCUUCAUGAGAUUCGCCCAAUCAGGUUUCUACUCAUCCCCAUGUUACCCAUCAGGCCACUGUGUACUUCACUGGCAGUACUUUAUUAAACCAUCAUUUUCUAUGAAUUUUAAUAAUCUUGUAAUAACUGGCUCCAGUCUUUUAUGUCCAAAAUAUUUCUCAUUUAAGUUAAAUCUCAGUUUGUGGAUGUUGAUUUUUGUACGAUAACAGAGUGUACUUUAAUUUAAUGACUUCAUAAUAAGCAAUGGAAUUAAUCCUUUGUGUUUGUGGACAUUCCAGACAUUCCUCAGCGAUGUCAUCGAAAUAAACGACAUUCCACGA